AUGCAAGGCCUCAGAAAACUGACGAAGGAGAAAACUACUCCUGCAGUCCCAACAGCGUCGGCGCGGGAAGUGCGUAGCAGUAUGCAUGAAUGUGCAGAUUUACUGCGCUUGAAGGAUAGCGCUAAACGGCAACAGGAGUACAGCAUUGACUACGAGGCCUACCGCCACUUCGCCUUCUUUGCGGGCCUUUUGCUGCAGGCGAAUGCCCCCACGCCGACGAGUGCGGUAGACCUGGUUAAGUGGUACCUAACAGAGAAGGCCUACUGUGUGCCGAGGGACUUGUCAAGGCCUCUUGUCCCCAACGUGUACACUACAUUGGUCCACAAUCUUAUCUUGGAUUCCUGUGUGGAUGUUGUAGAGGGCUCAGAAGAUGGUCAUCUUCAGCUCCUCCCCAAUAAAUAUUUUCUACUUUGGGCGUGGAAAGACUUCGCGUUAGACUUCGACGUCCGCAUGCGCGCGACCCCGUUCUGA